AUGAAGGUGACCCAGUUGGUGGUGAUGCCGCAGGGCAGGGACCUCAACGGCUGCGGCUUCCACGCCCUCUUCAACGCGAGCACCGUUCUGACCCGCCUCGCCCCCUCCAGUGAGGGUCUUGCCGGUAUGUCAACAACAACGCAUAGUGGUCUGCACGAUGAAUUGGCCUUCCAGAGCGAGCGCGCUGCGUGGGUGGCCGCGCUCAAGGCGAAAGCCCAGCAGGAGGGCGACCGCUUCUACCCAUGGACGAUCCGCUGCGUGGACGCAGGAGUGCUGGAGCGUCUGCAUGCCGAGUACUUGAUCGAACACUACCCUUCCCUCGCAGCUCUGGGGGGGAAAGAGGCGUUUGUGCUGCUCCCCGAGCUGUGCACAGAAUCGCUCAAGACCGGACUGUUCGGCGAGGCCGAAGCUACGGCCGUGCACGGCCACAUCCAGGCAUUCCGCCAAGCAUCGGUUCAGGCCGUGGCAUUCCUCAUCGGCUCGCUCAAUCACUGGGUCACGCUGGUCGCUCACAAGCGCGGGACCGACGUCGAACUCUGGUAUAUGGACAGCCGCGGCUACGACAUAGCCGUGUGUGCGGGUGACGAAGAGCUACUGCACCACAUGGUGCAAACGUACGUCGAGGCAACUGCAAGCGAGUCGCCCCUGGGCGUUGAAGAACGACGGAGAUCUCACCUCCAGUCUCUGCGAAGCACCCACUUUGCCAUUCACCUGCUGGCAGACUGCCUUGCAGUGGAAGGCAUUGCCGAGUGUUGGCUUGCCUUUCGCAAGGAAAAGACGCCGACCUCGCCGCCACUGAGCCCGUCCUGGACCGAAAACGACGCGAGGGAGCGACGGAAAGCGCUGGUGCUGGAGUGGUUGCGUGACUACAACGGCCUGCAGGCCCUGGAGCGCGACGUGGUGAGGAAGAUCGAGAUGCGGGGCGGUAUCGAGAAGCUGAGCCCGCAAGCGAGGCUUACGCUUCGAACGUGGCUGGACGACAUGGUCGGCCACCACUUGAGCGAAGUGCAACCACGAGACGUCGAGCCGGUGGAAGCAGAGAGCACGACAGGCGCAGCUGUGGGUGAACGAACAUUGGCCAGCUUGAAGGCCGGCUGUUCUUCGGCGUCCGGCUCCCGCUGGGCCGGGGGCCUCUCCUCGGGCGGCUUCUGGCCCUUCUGCAACACCGUGUCCUUGGGAAUGAGGUCGAUCUUGCGGAACACCAGCUUCUUCUGCGCCGAGCACACGAAGCGCACGUCCUCUUCCUCUAUCGGGUUGGGCGUUUCGAGUCCCUACGCGCGACACAUGAUCAGCACGCGCGCGUUCCCUUCCACCACCGUGACGCGUACGGUGGAAGAGGAAGGUGCACAGGCAGAGGACGAGUGA